CCACUUAAAUUUUGAAAAUUUCCGCCAAAACAUAAAUUUUGAAACAAGAAACAGAGCGCGGGACUCCACUUCCUCUAUCAAUCCCAAAACAAAAGACUUCUUCCAAAGAAUUGGCAAAACUAAGCUACUAAUCUAUGGCUAUCUCAGGCAAAACCACCACCAUCACCAAUCCAUCUUCAACUCUCCAUCCUCCUUACUUACAGAUGAUAAGCGCAACAAUAUCGUCAUUGAAAGAUCGCACAGGUUCGAGCCAGCCAGCCAGCGAUCGCAAAAUUCAUGGAAGAAAAGUACAGCUCUCUGCUUCCCCCAAAUUUCAAGAAAAUGUUGUCGAUUCAGUUGAAGAAGUUUGUGAAAUCGGAGAAACUUGUCAAAAUCAGAAACUCGUACGAGGUGUCUGCAUCCGAGAACAUGAAAUUGGUUGCUGCUGCUGCUGCUUCUAUCAAAGAAUCCGAGAAAACAUACAAAGUUGUUGUGAAGAACAGAGAGAAGACGAAGGGGCUGAGCCAAGUCAAAACUCCAGAGGCUCUGAAGAAAAAGAAGAAAGUUUCGACCCCUGCACUAAAGAGGGAAUUUCAUCACAAACCAGAUCCUGCUAUUUUCCAGAGUGAAUAAUUAUCACACCAAUCCUUCUCUAUUCUUGUGUGCCUUGCAUUUUAUUUCUUACCUUUACAUCCAGGCCCUCAAUGUUCGCCACUUUGGUUUUAGAGAUGGAAAAAUGGAUAUCCUGACAUGCUAAUAAUGAGAGGACAAGAUCUCAGUUGUGUCUAUCCCCUUUGGGUUUAUCUGUGCAUUAUCUACCUCUGCAUGUAAGAACUUUUAUAUUAUCUCUUCCCUUUUUGGUUUACAAAUUGGGUAGAAGUGGGGAACAAGCACACAUCAUUUCUGAAA